AUGACAUCGAUACAGUGGCUUUUUUACCUUGCCGUUUUAUGGCAAGUGGGUCAUCCACAACCGGCUGAACUCUACCCAAGCAUUGACCCCAAUCACUUUGGUGCUGAUGGAAAUCCUUGCUACGACCGAUCGACACACCAACCGCAACGAUGUGUGCCAGAUUUUGUAAACGCUGCUUUCAAUCUUGAUGUGCAAGUGACCAACACGUGCGGUACCAAACGACCAACCAAGUUCUGUGUGCAAUCUGGACAUACUGGACAACGAAGCGUUUGUGAGACUUGUGAUGAUCGACAUGAGGGUUUCUCCCAUCCUGCUAAGUUCCUCACUGAUUUCAAUGUAGGAAACAAUGAAACCUGGUGGCAGUCGGACACCAUGAUGGAGGGAAUGCAGUUUCCAACCAGCGUCAAUCUCACUCUCACCCUUGGAAAAUCUUUUGAUAUCACCUAUGUCCGCCUGAAGUUCAUCAGUCCACGCCCAGAAUCGUUCACAAUCUACAAAAAGACCACUCCAGAUGACGACUGGACUCCAUGGCAGUACUAUUCCGGAUCGUGUCGUGCUACCUAUGGAAUCCCUGACAGAGCUCCAAUUCUCCCUGGAAACGAAGCCGUUGCUCAGUGUACCAAGGAAUUCUCCGACAUUUCUCCAAUCACCGGUGGAAACAUUGCUUUCUCCACUUUGGAAGGACGCCCUUCUGCUCACGCUUUCGAAGAAUCUGAGAUUCUUCAAAACUGGGUUACUGCCUCUGCUAUCAAGAUCGCCCUCAACCGUAUGAACACUUUCGGAGAUGAAGUUUUCAGAGAUCCACAAGUACUCAGAAGUUACUACUAUGCUAUUUCCGACUUUGCUGUUGGAGGAAGAUGCAAAUGUAACGGGCACGCUUCGGAAUGUGUCGGAUCAUCGUCUGUUGACGGAGAGAACCGUCUCGUUUGCAGAUGUGAGCACUUCACCCAAGGAGCUGAUUGUAACGAGUGUAUGCCAUUCUAUAACGACCGCCCGUGGAAGGCUGGUACUGCAAAUGAAGCCAAUGAGUGUAUUGCCUGUAACUGCUCUCAACUCUCAAACAGAUGUUACUUCGACCAACAACUCUUUGAGGAGACUGGACACGGAGGACACUGUAUCGACUGUCAAGGAAACACCCAUGGAGUUCACUGCGAACAAUGCGUUGCAAAUCACUGGAGAAGACCAGGAGAGAAUUAUUGUGUCGCUUGCGGAUGUAACGAGAUCGGAUCCCUCUCAACUCAAUGUGACAAAGAAGGGAAGUGCCAAUGUAAGCCAGGAGUUACUGGACGUUUCUGCGACCAAUGUUUGGAUGGAUAUUAUGACUUCAGUACUAAUGGAUGCAAGAACUGCGGAUGUGAAGCUUCUGGAUCUCUGAACAACCAGCCAAGAUGUGACUCAACAACUGGAUCAUGUACUUGUAAACUGAACGUAGAAGGACGUCAAUGCGACAAAUGUAAACCAGGAUACUUUGACCUCUCAACCGCCAAUCAGUUUGGAUGUACUCCAUGCUUCUGUUUCGGACAUUCUUCAAUCUGUAACACAGCUGAUGGGUAUUUCGCAAUGAACGUGUCUAGCAUCUUUGAUAUGGACAAGCAAAAGUGGGCUGGACAGAAUAGAAUCGGACUUCAAGACACUCAAUGGGCUGAGCUUGACAAGGCUGUAGCUGUCUCGGAUACUGACAACUCUCCAGUUUACUUUGUUGCUCCAGAACAAUUCAUUGGAGACCAAAGAAGCAGUUACAAUCAAGAUCUUGUUUUCACUCUCAAGGUUGCAAAGCACGUGACUAACCAGGAUGUCAAGGACAUCAUCAUUGUUGGAGCUGACCGUCAAGAACUUUCCACUUCCAUCACAGCACAAGGAAAUCCAUUCCCAACCACCGAAGCUCAGACAUAUCGUUUCCGUAUUCAUGCUGACCCAUACUUCGGAUGGUAUCCAAGAAUCAACGAGCUCGACUUCAUCGGAAUCCUCUCUAACAUCACCGCCAUCAAGAUUCGUGGAACUUACUCCUACAAGGAUAUCGGAUACCUGUCAAACGUGCAUCUUGGAACUGCUGGAGUUGCCCCAUCUGCUUCCGAUCCAAAACAAGCUACAUGGAUUGAGCACUGUGAAUGUCUCGAAGGAUUUGUUGGACAAUUCUGCGAGUCUUGCGAAUCUGGAUUCCGUCGUGAGACCAAGUUUGGAGGACCAUUCAACCGUUGUAUCAAGUGCGACUGUCACAACCAUUCAAACAGUUGUGAAGCAGAAAGUGGAUCAUGUAUCUGUGAGCAUAACACUGCUGGAGACACUUGCGAACGAUGUGCUCGUGGAUACUAUGGAGAUGCCCUUCAAGGAACACAAGAAGAUUGUCAAAAGUGCCCAUGUCCAAAUGACGGACCAUGUAUCCUUCAUGCUGAUGGAGAUGUCAUUUGCACUGAAUGCCCCAACGGAUACACCGGACGUAGAUGUGACGAAUGUUCUGAUGGAUACUUCGGAAAUCCAAAAGAAGAUAUCGAAUGUAACGAGUGUGCUUGUUCUGGAAACACCGAUCCAAAUUCCAUUGGAAAUUGCGACAAGAUUACCGGAGAGUGCAAGAAGUGUGUGUUCAACACUCAUGGAUUCAACUGCGAGAAGUGCAAACCAGGAUACUGGGGAGAUGCUCUCAUCGAACCAAAAGGAAACUGUCAAUCUUGUGGAUGCUUUGCUGCUGGAACACGUCGUCCAAACAACGAUUAUACUCUCUUGGAGUGUAACCAAGCUGACGGACAGUGCGAUUGCUUGCCAAAUGUGAUUGGAAUUCAAUGCGACCAAUGUGCCCACGGAUUCUACAACAUCACCUCGGGACUCGGAUGCCAGGAAUGCAAUUGCGACCCAUUGGGAUCUGAAGGAAACACUUGCGAUGUUGUCACUGGGCAAUGUACCUGCAAACAAGGAGUCACCGGACAACGUUGUGACCAAUGCGCCCCAUACCACUUCGGAUUCAGUGCCAAUGGAUGUCAGCCAUGUGACUGUGAGUACAUCGGAUCGGAAAGCCAACAAUGUGAUGUCAACUCUGGACAAUGCUUGUGUAAGGAGAAUGUUGAGGGACGUAGAUGCGACCAGUGCGCUGAGAAUCGCUACGGAAUCACCCAAGGAUGCUUGCCAUGUGAUGACUGUUAUACUCUCAUUCAGAGCCGUGUCAAUGUCUUCAGAGAGAAAGUUAAGAGCCUCGAUAACACUCUUCAAGAGAUUAUCGAGAAUCCAGCACCAGUCAAUGACACUAAAUUCGAUGAGAAGGUUAAGGAGACUUCUCAAGCAGCCACUGAAGUCUGGGAAGCUGUCAAGCAAAAGACAAAAGAAGGAGGAGGCACCAUCAGAACCAAGUCAAAGGCUAUCAAGGAGGAAAUCAUUGCCGCUUUGGAGAAACUUACCUCAAUCGAUGAAUCUGUUGCUCACGCUCGUGUUGGAGCUGACGCUGCUGAAAACGACAUGAGAAGAUGGGAAAUCAUCAUUGAGAACGCCCGUCGUGAGAUCGAAAAUGUUCUUCACUACCUUGAAACAGAGGGAGAGGAGAGAGCUCAAAUCGCCUUAGCCGCCAGUCAAAAGUACGGAGAGCAGAGCAAACGCAUGUCUGAUUUGGCUCAAGGAACACGUGAAGAAUCUGAGAAACAUUUGAAACAAGCUGCCGACAUUGAGAGACUUUCCGAGCAAGCUAUUGCCAACGCAACUCAAGCUAACAAGGAAGCCAGUGAUGCCAUCUACGGAGGAGAGCAAAUCUCAAAGCAAAUUGCGGAGCUGAAAGAAAAGCAAAAUCAAAUCAAUGAAUCUAUCUCCAGAACUUUGGAUUUGGCUGAGGAGCAGAAGAAGAGUGCCGAGGAAGCUAACAACCUUGCUGCUGUCUCUUUAACCAAUGUUGAAGCUGUCAAGAUUCCAAGUGUCGAUCCAAAGGAAAUGAAGAAUGAUGUAGCUGGAGUACUGGAAGAGGCAGAGAACCUUGUCGACAGUUCAGUCAAGGAGAACAGUGCAAACGAUGAACUCUUCGAGGAAAUCGACCGCUCUGUUGCUGAUGCUCGUAAUGAACUUCAAAGUUCUCAAGACCAGCAGAGAGUUGCCGACCAACUUAUGUUGGAACUUGAGAAGGCUCGCGAGAGAAUCGUUGAAUCUGUGUCAACUGCUGAUAAGACUUUAAAGGAUGCCGAAGCCGCACUUGCAACAUUGGAAGAGUUCAGUGCCAAGAUUGAGCAAUCGAGAAACGACGCUGUUGCUGAAUUCUCCGGGGUUGACGCGAUCAAUGAGAAGCUUGCCAAGAUCAUUGCUAGCCAGGAGGAGAAGAAGAAUUCUCUCCCACUCGACAAACAAUUCACUAUUGACUACAGAAAAACUGCCGAUGCUGCUCUCAAUGACACCAAAGCUCUCACUGAAAAAUUCACGGAUCUGGUUUACAACGGAAUGGACAAUCGUGACGCAUUCUAUCUGAUGGAGGAUGAACUCGAUCAAUUUAAUGAAGAGUUAGUCGAGUCGAAGGAAAAUUUGCAAUACUACCAGAAGCAAGCCGAAGACGACAAGCAAAUGGCAACUGAAGCUGUUCGCAAGGCUACUCUUGCUAAAAACUCUGCUAUCGAAGCCAAUUCAACUAUUCUCUCUGAAGAGGAAGAGAUCAAGAAGAUUAUUGACGCUUUGAACACCAUGGAAGAAGUGAACAAUGCUGAGUUGGACGAGCUCGAGGAAGAGAUCGACAAACUUGAUGAACUGUUGGCCCAAGCUCAACUUGCCAAGGAAGUUCCAACUUUCCAACAAUUCCGUGCCGACGAGGACGCCAAGGUCGCACAGCUCAAGAACGACAUUUCUGAUCUUCAGAAGGAGGUUAUCAACCUCGAGGAGAUUCGAGACAAUUUGCCAACGAAAUGUUUCAACGUCAUCAACUUGGAGCAAGAGGGACAGAAAUAA